UUUCUCAAAGCAGAAGAAGAAUUGCUCCUCUCCUCCAUAAGUGACCUGCGGUCCAAGUAUUUUUCUCUUUAUUUCUUCUUUUGUUUGUCCUUCAGUUUGAAGUGAUUACAGACGCAUCACAGACACGAUAAGUCUCUGCUUGGGAUCAUUUGGAGUCUGUAGAUUUGGGUUCUUCAACGAAAGAAGUCAUGUUUCGAGGAAGACUGACGUUCCCACAGAUGGCCUGUGCCACAGUGCUCGGCAUUGCUGGUGGCUUUUACAUCUACAAACCCUAUUUUGAUCAGUCGGUGAAGAAUUUAGGACAACAAAAUCAGGAUGCGCCAAAGAAACAAGAAGGAACAGAUUGAAUCGGUUCACAGACGGAACACAGGACCGUCCUGGAUCGAAGGCCAAACAAAUGACGAGACCGGCACAGAUACAUUUGGCCUUCUGUGGUUUGCUCUGCCUGAUUGUGAAACUAAAUUAUUAUUGAUUAAUCAGUAUCCUGAAUUACUGCUCUGAUUCAUUUAAGCAUCUAUUAGUCUAGUAGAGAAUGGAAAUUACCAAAUCUCACUUUUGUCCAAGUCCUUGGCUCUGAACACUGUAGUACGUAAUUU